AUGCAGGCGGCGGCGCAGGGCUCGAAGCAGGCCGCGCAGGCGGCGGCGCAGGAGCUGGUGAAGUUCGUGAACCGGAGCCCCUCGCCCUACCACGUGGUGGCCGAGUGCCGCAGCCGGCUGCUGCAGGCCGGCUUCCAGGAGCUGAAGGAGACGGAGCACUGGGAGGUGCGGCCCGCGCAGAAGUACUUCGUCACCAGGAACUACUCCACCCUCAUCGCCUUCGCCGUCGGCGGCCAGUUCCAGCCCGGGAAUGGGUUCAGCCUGCUGGGGGCCCACACCGACAGCCCCUGCCUCAGGGUGAAGCGGCGCUCUAAGCGGGGACAGGUGGGCAUGGUGCAGGUCGGCGUGGAGACCUAUGGAGGGGGCAUCUGGAAUACCUGGUUUGACCGUGACCUCACCGUGGCCGGGAGGGUGAUCAUAAAGGACCCGGCCACGGGGCGCCUGGAGCAGCGCCUGGUACGUGUGGAGCGGCCCGUCCUCCGCAUUCCCCACCUGGCCAUCCAUCUGCAGCGCAGUAUCAAUGAGAACUUCGGGCCCAACACUGAGCACCACCUGGUUCCCAUUCUGGCCACUGCUGUGCAGGAGGAGCUGGAAAAGGAGGUGCUCAUGGAGGCCACACCUUGCAAUGCUGCGGCUCAGCGGCACAGUCCUGUCCUGCUUUCCCUGCUCUGCCCCCAGCUGGGGGUGAAACCGGAGCAGAUUGUGGAGCUGGAACUAUGCCUGGCAGAUACACAGCCAGCGACACUGGGUGGUGCCUUCGACGAGUUCAUCUUCUCCCCACGCCUGGACAACCUGCACAGCUGCUACUGCGCUCUGCAGGCCUUGAUUGACUCAUGCGCGGCACCCUCCUCCCUCUCCCAGGAGCCCAACGUGCGUCUCAUCGCGCUCUACGACAAUGAGGAGGUAGGGUCAGAGAGUGCACAGGGCGCGGAGUCCUUGCUGACGGAGCUGGUGCUGCGCCGGAUCUCGGCAUCGCCACACAACCUGACAGCCUUCGAGGAGGCCGUGGCCAAGUCCUACAUGAUCAGUGCCGAUAUGGCCCACGCUGUGCACCCUAACUACGUGGACAAGCAUGAGGAGAAUCAUCGGCCAGCAUUCCACAAGGGCCCCGUCAUCAAAGUGAACAGCAACCAGCGCUACGCCUCCACGGCUGUCACCGAAGCAGUCAUACGGGACAUCGCCGCCCGCGUGGGUGUCCCUCUGCAGGAGUUCAUGGUGCGCAACGACACGCCCUGCGGCACCACCAUUGGCCCUAUUCUGGCCUCCCGCCUGGGGCUGCGCGUACUGGACAUCGGCUGCCCGCAGCUGGCCAUGCACUCCAUCCGGGAGAUGUGCUGCACCUCGGGGGUGCUGCAGAGCAUCACCCUCUUCAAGGGCUUCUUCGAGCUCCUGCCGGCGGUCAGCAGCAGCCUGGUGGUCGACUGAGCGCAGCGGGGAGGGAGCGGCCGUGGGUUCAGCCCUGGGGCCAUUAAAGCAUCUCUGUCUCGCCA